GCUCGAAAUACACACGUGUGGAAAUCUUGGAAUACGCUUGUUGUAGAAAAAUACGUUCGCUACUAUUGUUUCAAAUUGAAGUUUGGCGGGGCUUGGUGUAGCGUUACCUUAAUGUAAGCACGCUCGAUGCCAGACCUUCGUAGCAAAUGAUCGAAUUUCGUCGACAAUCAGGCUCGUCGCAUGGAACAUGGAAAUGUUUUGAGUGAGAAGCAGUCAGCGUAUAUGAAAUUACAGCUACCUACUCGCAAUGGGAGAUACCGAACAGGAUGACAAUUUUACGUGUGCAAUUACGACGAAGCUUAAUAGUUCGGCUGAAAAUAAAAAGAACACGGUGGUCGAAUAUAGAUCGCCAAAUCGACCGAGAUCACUGAAAAUUGGACUGAUUGUUUCUAUUGGAUUGAAUGCAAUAUUCGCCGUGUUGUUCGUCGUAGUAUUUAUUUUGCUAAGCGAUAUGAAUGCGAGAUUGUCUCGAUUCGACGAGCUUUUAAACAAAGAGAAAGUUAGGCCUGCCGAAGGAUAUGGUUCAAAUAAAGUUGAAGCAGUCAUUACGCCUACAGAUAGCGGUUAUAGGAGCAGUACUCGACCGCAGGAAUCAUUGGUAAUGUUUUGUUGUUGUACGUAAGAAGCAUUUGAAUGCCAAGUAUAAUUUGCGAAUAUAAACGUAUCAAUACGAUUUUGUUACAUUCAUUAUACGCCAAGAUUUUGUUCGUUGUAUGGCCGGUGUGGAUAUUUUACAUUAUUAAAGAAUAACGGGAAUUUGUCAUCGCUUUUGUGUGACUGGGUAGGGUUUUGAAGUACGUCGUUUCGAAACAUUGAAGGCCCUUUUGUGAUCUUUUAGAUCCAGACGCCUACUCAAGUCCAUACACGAAGGAAAUAUCCGCCGAUUGUGCCUACCGCAACAAAUGUGAAUACAUGCAAGUGUCGGGGCCCACCAGGUAUUUAACUGUUUAAAACAUCGCCUAUUAAUAUUUUUAUAAAUUGCUCAUUUGCCUAUCUUCGCAACCAAGUCGUAAAUUGUUUAUUCUACGGCACGAAAGCCCACAAUUAGAGGCUGGCAAGAUUAACGAUUUUAAUACUUUGGCAUGUACACACAAGCCAGUCGAUAAGGUCUAAUAUGUUUGGUCAAUAGUGGUCAGUAGAGGUAAAAUUACCGUUCGAUCUGCAGCUGUUUUGCUAGUACUUUGUCUGCUCGAAUGCCCGUGAGGUGCGAACCGUUUUAACGUAUACAAGUCGAGGCGAUAUUUCCUGCGUGGUUUGAUUGCCAAUUAUUGAUUGGCAUGAUCUGAGUAAUUGACGUUCAUAUGAAACUAUAGUUUUUAAUUCCGUUCGCUCACUUGUAACGGGCCUGACAAGUUUGCUUUGGAUUUGUGUGAGUUAUUAAAGCCACAUUUGCAAUUGUUUCGCAGCUUAUAGCUUCACAUUAUCAAACACAAAACGAGCUAAAGAGUGUGAGAGCGUUCGGCUAACGCUGUUGGUAAAUAACAAGCGAAGCGAAGCAUAUCGAACCGAUGGUGGUGUUGGAAUCUCAACUAUUGAUUCUUGCCCGUAAACAAUAGUGAGAACGAGCUGAAAUCAGAUAAUGAGAGUGUAGACACGAGCUAGUAGGUGGCAGCACACACCUCCCCCGUUCUGUAUUGAAAUCAUUUCAAAAGUCUAGUCAGUCCUAACAAGUUCACGAGCUGGGAAGGUGAACGCCGAUUAGCAGCAAACACGUCUUUUAUUUAGCUUUUCAAUAGGCAAGUGUGUGCCCGGAGAGCUUCCGUGUUCUCUGUAAACGAUUUUUACUG